UUCUGCAACCUCAAAGCCGAUAUGGGACCGUGCAGAGGUGCCAACACUCGAUGGUUCUACCAGCCGAGCACACGAACGUGCCAGCCGUUUUUGUAUGGUGGGUGUAAGGGCAACGAAAAUAACUUCUUGAGUCGCCAAGAAUGCGAGACCAUUUGCUUUCCGACCAGGGAACCAACCGACGACCAAUGCAGUCUUCCGAGCGAGCCCGGUAACUGUUUGGCCUACGUUCAACGAUGGUAUUACGAUGCGCAGCGAGGUCAGUGUUACAAGUUCGUUUACGGCGGUUGCAACGGCAACGGGAAUAACUUCAAGACCUAUGACGAAUGCAUGGCCCGCUGCUCGCCGUUUUGA